UCAAGAAGAAUAAACAGCUGAUGCGAUUGUCAAUACAUACAGUCCAGUACGUACAUUCGCCUCCGCAAUGAACGACUCGGAAGUGAUAUACAAUUUACUCUUCGCAUUAAUCACGUACUGCAUUAUCUAUCCGCCGCUGGAAUUUAUCGAAAUCGGUUUGACUGUCGACAAACUAUUAAAGAAUCUCUUAGGAAAUGAAGAAAUCGAAUUCAUUCAAUACCAUCAGCGUCGGUGUGCAUUAACACUGGUCGUCCACUGCUUUAUACCGUUUACGUACACAACGUUGUACUUUUUGAAUUUCGAUAAUGUUUGGGUGGACGAUGAAGACAGUCCCAUCAAGUACAUGAUGUGGAAUUCCUUCUUCGUCACCUCACUGGCGAUGCCAUUAGUUGGACUGUGCGUGGCAUUUUUCUGGUACAUCAAUGACUGGAGCAACCAUCCAAUAACAAAAACACUUAGAAAGUAUUGCAAUAACGACAACAACUGGCAUUCGGUUGCUACAUCGGUAAAUGAUGAAUAUCGACGAGACACCAAAAACAUUUCUCGGACAAGUUCUAUUGCAACGGUCAUUGCAACCGAAAAUUGGAUACUGAAGAGCACUCCGUACCGUUUACAAAUUGCACAUCAAAGUGAUACAGCGUUGAUUGCCGUUAAGAGUGACACGCACCCAAUAGCACAAGACACAUCCGAUUUCGUUCAAUACGUUAACAUUUUGGUGAAACCAACACGAACCGGCGUCAAAGAAUUCUCCAUUCGCAUUAACGCACUGGACUUCAAGCACUUACAGGACAGAAUUGAUCGACCAAUAACGAUACUUGCCGGUGUCAAUUUCAAUCGCUCCGUAAUCGAUCGGUUCAUUGAAGUAUUCCGCGCACAAAUUGCCUUAAAUCCGGUGUACCGAACCGAACAGGUAUCAGACGUGUGUUUUGCCUGCAUGCAGGUCGAGCCAAACAUUAAAAUCCAAAAGCAAUGCCUUGACGUGGAUGCCGAUGGUGUCGUUGUACCGAAUUCGUCACGUUGCGAAAACUGCUACUGUACACCAAUGUGGUGCGUAGACUGCAUGGCCAAGUGGUUUGCGUCCCGGCAAAAUCAACACGAGAAAGAAGUGUGGCUGCAGCAAAAAUGCACUUGUCCCAUGUGUCGAGCACCGUUUUGUAUACUGGACGUGUGCUUUGUGGAACGACAAAAUGUAAGGUGAAAAAAAUAAAAAAUAAAUAUUUGACAAUGUACCAGC